UAUAAGGUAGGUAGUGUUGGAGCAUUUCAAACAAGUGAGAGGAACCUUAUUGAAAAAGAAGAAUACAAAUUCUACCUGUGACUGUGUGGCCUGGAGAUGAUGUUAAUCCAGAUUUUCCUGGUGAUGUCGAUCUUGGGGUCCGUAGCACCGCUCCUAUUUGAUGAGACGUGCUACUCUGAGGUCAACGAGUGCUACUCAAAUAAGUCCCCCUACGAUGUGACUACGAAAAGACCGCUCCGGCUCCCCUUACCUGAAUCUCCGAAGAAGAUGAAUACUCGAUUGCUGCUCUACACCAGAAACAACUCUGAAACCUACCAAGUGAUCAACAUUUCUGACGUCAAUUCCAUCAGAGCAUCGAAUUUCAGUACAAAUAGGACGACACGAAUUGUCAUUCAUGGAUAUACUGACAGUGCUGAAACUCCAUGGGUGAUUGAGAUGUGCAAGGCCAUGCUGCAAGUGGAGGAUGUGAACGUUAUCGCCUUGGAUUGGCAGAACGGCGCAAAGUCCCCCUACACUCAGGCCGUAAGCAAUAUCCGUGUUGUGGCUACCCAAGUGACCAUAUUCAUUAAAGCUCUACAGGACGUUUUUGGAUAUAUGCCAUCCAAUAUUCACAUUAUUGCGCACAGUCUGGGGGCACAACUCGCAGGAGAGACUGGGAAGAGGAUAACCGUUGCUAGAAUUACCGCAAUGGACCCGGCUCAGCCAUUUUUCCAGGAUACUCCACCUGAGAUCAGCCUGGAUCGGUCAGAUGCUGGAUUUGUUGACGUCAUCCAUACGGAUAGCAAUUUUUUUAUUGGUAUCAGAGGAUACGGAAUACAAGGAAAUAUUGGCCACUGGGACGUUUACCCAAACGGAGGAAAACAAAUGCCGGGGUGUUCACCAAAAGAUGCCUUGGAAGGCAUAGACCUUACUGACCUUCUUGACAUUAAUAAACUUAUCAAUGCAACAUAUGAUCUGGCGUCCUGCAAUCACCAGAAAGCCCACGAAUAUUACACAGCGAGCAUUCUCUCUCCUUUUGGAUUCCUUGCAUUCCCUGCAGACAACUAUGAUGAAUUUCAGAAGGGUACCAGCUUCCCAUGUCCCGAUAAAGGAUGCCCACGUAUGGGACAUUAUGCAGACAGGCAUCUUGUAAACACAACAAGCCCUCAGGCGUAUUUCCUAAACACCGGAGAGCCUGGCGAAUUUCCCCGCUAUAGAUACAAAUGCUCCCUCAACAUUACUAGUGGGACUGGUGCUGUAAUACUUUCUGUGUCUUUAGAAGGAUCUAAAGGAAAGACUCGGGACUUCACAAUUUACAAAGGUAUCUCAGUCAAAUCAUACACAACGUUUAUUGAUGCUAAGAUUGAUGUUGGACAAGUAACUAAGGUGACCUUUGUCUGGAAGGGUCUCAUACUUGGACCUGGCUUAGGCGCCUCCAAUAUAACCGUGCAAUUUGGGAAGGAUAGAGCUACAUACGUACUCUGUGGCAGUGGCACUGUGCCGAAAGAUACCCCCCAGGUUCUCACUCCGUGCAAACAGAUGUGAUCUUCACCCGACCAGAGGAUGGCACUGUGCUACCCGCCUACCCCACAAAUUGCUGAACACAACAUGUGUAAAUGAUUUUUCUUUCUCUAUGUUUCUUCGAAAAGCAUGAGAUUGGCUACAGAAGACUCAGAAGACUUCUAAAUCUUCAGGACUAGAAGGGUCCCUCUGACUGCAAAUAUUCACAAGCCACACAAAGCUAUACAUUUCAGAUUAUAAAUGUAUAUGUGGUCCUGUUUUCAGACGUUGAUUUCUUAACAAUGUUUCUCCUUGAAAAUCUGUACCAAAAUCAAAAUAAAGACUAAUUUGCUGCAUCAA